AUGAAUAUUCUACCAAAAAAACGGUGGCAUGUUCGGACUAAAGAAAAUAUUGCUAGAGUUAGGAAAGAUGAAGCAGAAGCAGCAGAGAAGGAAAGGCAGGAGCAAAUUAGAAUAGAGCAAGCAGACCGUGAAUCACGGUUAAAUAUUCUAAAACAAAAAAGUAAAGAAAAAUUAGAAUCUUUAAAUAUUAUUACUAAACAACAUACUCAACCACCAACAUUGGAGCAUAUUAAUUUAUUUGCUGAUAUUGAACAUGCUGUGGAUACUACAAAUAAGGAACAUGACAAAGAAGUAAAAGAGAAAAAAGAAGAAUAUGAAAAGAAAAUUGGAUACUUGACAUACCUUGGUCAAGAUACAAAUGAAGCUUUAGGAAAAAAAAAUUGGUAUGAUGUACCUCCACAAUCAUCACGCUUUUCCAAACCAGCCUAUGUCAAAGAUACAUAUGAUAAACUGGUGCUUAAGGAUAAAGAUGGAAAACCUAAGCAUAAAGAAUUAGAUGAAAAAAAUGGUGAAAUUGCAUGGAAAUCUAAACAGCACAUUGACCCUAUCAAUGCAUUUAGACAUCUUUGCCACCAUAAUGAGAAACAAAAAAAAUCAUGUUCCAAUAGCAAUAAAAAGGAACAAACAACAAAAGCAAAGAUGAAGAAUGAUGAUAAGGUUUCUAAAUUACAGAAACUUCGAGAAGCUAGAUUAAAGCGAGAACAACAUGAAAAAUUUAGAACAGAAUUAUUUCUAAAGAAACUUAAUGGUGAGGAAACAUUAGAAACAACAACUAAGAAGUCAAGUAUAGUACCAAAAUAUAAUUCCCAAUUUAAUCCAGCGCUUGCAAGACAAAACUACAGAUAA